AUGUACUCAUUAAACAAAACCACAAUGCUUAGACAGUUAGGUCAAAUAAGGCCGAUCAGAUCAGUAUCACCAUCCAUAACACAACUUCCAUCGUAUCAAACCAUAUCCAAGCGUAAUGUAUCAUCAAAAGAAUUAACUCCAAAACAAUUACCAACCGAUUUCCCAUUAAUGUCAGAGAAGACUGCUUCGAGUCCAAUAGAUUAUGCAUUAACUUCAUUAGAUACUAUAGCAAACUGGGCUAGAAAGUCAUCAUUCUGGCCAGUUACUUUCGGAUUAGCAUGUUGUGCAGUAGAGAUGAUGCAUGUCUCAGCACCAAGAUACGAUCAAGAUAGGUUGGGUAUUAUUUUCAGAGCUUCACCACGUCAAUCAGAUAUUAUGAUUGUUGCAGGAACUUUAACCAACAAAAUGGCCCCAGCAUUGAGACAAGUUUACGAUCAAAUGCCAGAUCCAAAGUGGGUUAUUUCCAUGGGAUCAUGUGCAAAUGGUGGUGGAUACUAUCACUACUCAUAUUCAGUUGUCAGAGGUUGUGAUAGAGUUAUUCCUGUUGACAUAUAUGUACCUGGAUGUCCACCAACUGCAGAAGCUUUGAUGUAUGGUGUUUUCCAAUUACAAAAGAAGAUGAUGAAGACCAGAAUCACAAGAUUAUGGUACAGAAGCUAA